GGGCAUACAUGUUUUACAAACAUAUCUUGUUUAUUUAUUAUUGCAAAGUAUAGUAAAUUAUUUAGAAAACUUUGCUUAAAAGCUCUGAAGCCAAAUGUAAUAUAAUGUAACAGUGGAUAAUAGCAACAAUUAAGCUGUAAAUUAACGCCCCCUGCAUUUUAUUUUCAUUUUUCACCAAAUUUCACGGACUCAAAUUUCACACAUACUUCAGAAGUGAGACUGCACUUUAAAUAGAUUCAGGAAGUGAGAAAUUUCUUUUAAUAGAUACUGAAACUUAAAAUCUUUUUUUAUUUAUAAAUUUCGGGAAAACUUUAAUUUGGAUAAACUUGGACAACAUCACAGUACAUUUACAUGUAUUUGUGAGCAUCUUAAUCCUUUUAAGCAGAAGCGUCGAUAAAUUCUUGAGUAAAAAUAAAGUACUAAGGUUUUGUUUGUUUUUUUCUCUUGAAGGAUUAUUUGUAAUUACAUAGUAAAUAGUACAUGUACUACAAUUUUUUAUACAUAUAUUUUUAAUGAUGGUAUUGGGUCAUCUCUCAAAAAUAUAUUUUAAUUAUGUGUACUAGUUUUGAUUGUGCCACAAGUCAUGUAGACAGAUUCACAAAUCGUCACCUUAGUGCAGUAAUAGGUCAAGUCCUUCUAAAUUUAAAGCAGCACGCCUCCAGAUUCAUGUUUAUUUUCAUGAAAAUUUUGGAAAUGUAUUUAAAAGUAAAAUAUUGUGAGGUGAACAAAAAAAGUAAUUUGCAUAUUGCAAUCGGCACUUACAAUCCAAGAAAAUUACCAAAAAGUGGUCCACAUAUGCAAAAACAGCCCAUACUGCGUUAGUAAUGCAGUAUAAAUAAGGUGAUUAAAUACUGCAAAAUCAGUCUUAAACCGCACAUAACAUGUAAAAUAUAACUUGGAUCUUCAAAAUUUUUACCUUUCUUAAAAUUUUAGUACAUUUUUCUAAAUAUUGAUUUUCUUGAAAUAUUUUGGCUCAUCUGGAGGCGUGCACCUUUAAUAGGAGUUAACCAGAUAUUGCACAAAUAGAGGGGAUGAAAGGAUCAGUAUUUGAGGGAAAGAAAACUAGUCACCUUUUUUGAAGUAUAAAGUUAACAAGCUGCUGUUAAUAUAUUUCCUGGUUAGUAAAGUUUAUUUUUUCUUAUUCAUCAUCAUACUUUAUUGUUUAUUUCCUUAAUUUGAAGAAGAGAAAAUGAAAGUAUGAUCAGUUAUGAACUUUUUGCUUUAUGUUUUAAUAAGUUAACCCUUAUCUAAAAUGCUAAAAUUUACAUUUUUGAAGAGUGUCUUUGACACAAGUAUAGAGCCAAACCAGCCUGCACAUCUUUGCCGACGAACUUCAGGUUUCUUUUUCAUCUUGAUAUACCCAAAACUGAUAAUGGAAUGUUCCAAAAAUGGAAGUUGGACACACCCAUUUAUGAAAAUCAGCAGGAUUUAAGGAAAAUUUUAUCCAAUAGAAAUGUGUAUUGUUGUUAUUGUUAACCUCCAACUAUUUUUGUUACCACUUGAAAAUAAAAAAAAAUAUAUAAAACCUCAAUUGUUGUUGUUGUUGUUAUUGUUAAGAUUCUUCGGUUGAUGCGUGGGAAACAUUGAAAGCAGGUUGUAUAAAUUUGUUUUUGUAUUCGUAUUUAGUACUAGAAUGUUUUUGUAUGGUAUAAAGUUUGGUUAAAGUUUGGUAAAUAAAAAGGUGUAAUAUUUGAAAGAUCUUACCGAGACAAUCAAAAUGUCAAUGCUAAAGAGAGGUGAAGUACACCGAACUGCUGUAGAGGGAUUUAAAGAGGGGACUGUUUAUGAAAAGUAUAGACCGGAAUAUACGGACGAGUUUGUUUCACAUGUUAUAGAGAAUCUCUACACCGAACGACACGAUACGGAUUACGAUAUUCUAGAGCUGGGAGCAGGUACUGGCAAGUUCACAAGAAAAAUACUGGAUAAGUUAACAAAUUUUCAGCUUCAGCGUUAUUUAGCAACGGAUCCCCUGGAAGAUUUCCUAUCAGUUCUUAGACAACAGACACCUGAACUGACAACCAGUGUGUGCUCGGCUUCGAGCAUACCAUUGCCGUCAUGUUCUAUACAGAAUGUAAUUUGCGCUCAGUGUUUUCACUGGUUUGCCACAGGUGAAAGUAUUUCAGAAAUUGCAAGAGUUUUAGUUCCGAGAGGGAGACUAAUUUUAGUCUGGCUUACCAGAGAUUUUGAAAUUGGAUGGGUGAGAAAAAUGGAAGAAGUACUGACGUUAUACUACGACGGUACGCCACGUAAAAUAAUGGGCGUUUGGAAGAAAGCAUUUGAAAAUUGUCCAACAUUUAGAUGUGUAGAGCAUAUAGACAGCGUGGGGAGUAACGUGAUGAAGGGUAACAAGAACUUCAUGUUGAACCACUUCAUGUCGAUUAGCGUAAUAGUUCGACUUGACAUAGAAGAGAAACUGAAAGCUGAGCGAAAAUUUCGUGCUGUUUUGGAUGUUCAUUUCACUGACGACGAAAUUAUAUAUCUGCCUUUGAAAUCCGAGUAUUUCUGCGUUGAAAAAGUCUAAAGAUUCCUGUUGUACAUAUAGUAUAUCGCGAAUAAAGAACUGGAGAAAUGACAUCUAGUACAUGUACCACGUGUAACAAAGCAGUGAACAGAAUACAAGAUAUCAAAGGACUUAUGUUAUUUCAUUGGUCCAUUCUCUGUGUAAUUAACUUGUGUUUAUUUAAAUUUGAAACUGAUCAUUAUCAUUUACUUAAAUUAUUUAUUUUAAAUAAAGUGUCUCAAUGUGAGAAGCUAAACUUGAGAAGUAAACAGUAUAGAUUCUUGUCAGGCUUCACAAUGCCAUUGGCAUUCUCACCAUUCUGUAGAUACGGUUGGUUGCUUUUUAUACCAUAUGUAAGUCGUCUUAGCACUGAACUUUAUCAGUUCUUCCUGUAUACUUCGGAAAAGAGGCGUUUCGGAGCUAUAUAUUGUUAUUGUUAAAACUUGCAAUAUUCUGUAAAAAAAAUAUAUCAGCAUAUAAGUAACUGAUAACUAAGCUUAUUUUCAUAGUUUGUAACUUUUUGAUUUAUAUUUGCCAUGUAGUACAUUAGUAGUAUUUCGUGGAUAUCUCUUUAUAAUAUUUCAUAUUAUAUGUAUAUUAUUGUAUAUGUUAUAUGUAUAUUAUUGUAUAUGUGACUGAUGCCUCUAAGAGGCCCAGCAUUUUCAAUAAACUGUUCAAACUGUUAUAACAGCCUU